AUGGCCCCAACCCAGUCUAGCGCACCGCUCCUUCCCGUGAACAUAUCCGAAUCCCCUCUCCUCUCCGGGAGCAGCCUCCUUCCCGACCCGCUGUUCACAACUCUGGCCGGACCUCUCCCCAUCAUCACUAUUGGCCUCUACCCACCGGCUUCUCCUCGCGUCGAAACCAACCGAUUGGGCGCUAGCCGCUCUCGCCCCAAGAGCAAGCUUCUUCCGAAGCUGUCCCUGCCCCCUCUCACUUCACUCGCGCCUACGAGUCCCGUCACGCCCACAAGUCCUACCUCGCGCAUCUCGCCAAAGGAGGUGAUCUCCUUGCUGGACCUACUGGAAAGCAUGGAGAAUGACGUCGCGACGGAAGUGCAGCGCCCUCCAUACUCGCGAUCCUACCCCUCGGAUACCAGUCCCCCUCUCGCAAUGU